AGUGGAACUCUGCUUACCGGACGUAAACCCUUAGGUUGUUAAAAAACUCUUCAGCAUGUCUUUUAAAAGAGAAGGAGAUGAUCUUAGUCAGCUAAAUGUUCUCAAGAAACGAAGAGUUGCAGAUCUCUUGUCUAAUUACAUACCUGAAGAUGAAGCAGCACUGCUUAAAAAUGGAAGGUAUACUUGUCUGGUAUGUUCCUACAGACCAGUAUUUGAUACUGUGGAUAUGCUUACUGUUCACAGGACUGGCAAGAGACACUUAGCAGGUUUGAAACAGUUUUAUGGUAAGAAGCAACAACUGAAAAAUGAAGUUGAAAAACGUCGCCACCAGGACUACAUUAAAGCUGAAGAAGAAGGAAGAAAAGUAGAGGCAUGUCCUGCUCCUCUUUUAGCUCAAACACGACAGAUAACCCACCAUGCACUGCUUAAGUCAGCUCCAUACAACAGCUGUCACAAGAGGAACAGGCCUAAUGUCAACCCCUCCCAAUCUGAAGUAGAAAGCACAUCAGCUGUUACAACCAGUCCUUUGCCAUCUUUUUCUGUGGUGGAGACGACUUCCUGCAUUAACACCAUUCCAGAAACACUACCUCCUGAAGACAGCAAGAGUCUACCAGCUACACAGAAGAAACCAGUUUCCCAUAAAAGGAAAGAUAAUGUAAGGAAAAUAUCCGCUGUUUCAGUGCAUACAAACAAGGAAGAGGAGGAAGAACAACGGAAAAGGCUUGAACACUAUCUUACAUUAAAAAGUUCUGGCUGGAUUCAAGACAGGAGUGGAAACUGGAUAAAGGAUGAGAAUGUGGAAUUUGACUCGGAUGAAGAAAUUCCACCAUCUCUCUCCAUGUUGUGAUCUCACGGAAAUCUAUUUUUUUAAAUGCACUGAAGAAUUAUUGCAUAUAUGGUGUAUAUACUGGCUGUUUUUAUUUGGCAUGUCCUGAAACAUUUUCUGAUCAAACUGUAAAUACAUAUUAUGUAUAUAUCUAAAUACAACUGUAUUUAUACACAAAUUAAUAAUUUAUAAAUUUGGAUUUAAUUGACAUUUUGUGCUUGAUUGAUCCACAGCUUUGUGUGUUUGGGUGCAAAAACUGUGUCACUGUUGUUUGUUGUUAUAUUGUGUGACCUCGCAGAGCUUCGUGUGGCUAAUGGCAAGCAUUUAAAACGUUCUUAGAUCUUUACUUGAAAGCGAUUCAGCAAUUCUCAGUUGGUCCUGUUUUCACCUAUAUGCUACCUCAAAACAUUUAGAUACAUUUUUACCUCCGUAAAGAAAGUAAUACUGAAAUUUAAUCUGAAGCCGUGUGGCUCCCUUUUUAAUAUGCAGGCCAGUGUCAUAGAGUAGAACAGCUGUUCGUGGCAGUUUAGUCCUUAUCUGAGUGCGUUUAAAUUUUGUUGCCUGUGAUUUCUCCCACCUCUUUAAAGAAGAUAUUUUGAGCUGUCUGUAACACAAUCCCUUUGGGAUUCAUUUCACCGGCUGGAUUCCGUCUCCUCCUCCAAAUACAGAAAUAGACGAGGGGGUGCAGAAAUUUGGCCCCAGACAGCAAAUGAAUUGAAUAGUUCCGAGUGGAAACUUCUUAAGACUUUUUCAGAGAGUCCACGGAAAGACCCGUUUCUGCAUUAACACCUUGCUCCUUCACACGCUUUUGAUCAGACACUGCUCCAGGUUGUACUUAAAUGUUACUACUUGAUGGCACCAGAGCUUAACGUUGACUGUUAAUUUGUUCUAAAAUUACAUUAUUGUGCAUCAAAUGUUUUUAUGUGCAUGAAACUCAUUUCUGAGAAGGGUAAAAUUGAAGCGUUCUGAAAUUAGGUUGAACAUCCACUUUUUUUUAUUCAAGAGAGAAUUACAUUAAUAAAUAAAAG